ACCAAAUAAAGAUUUGAAGGAGCAGCUACUUCUGCCUCUUCAAACUCUUCUCUUCCUCUCUUAAAUCUCCCUUCCUUUCUUUCCACUUUCAUCUUCCCAUCCUCAUUUCCAUCAUCCUCUACUUAACCAGAGUCAUACUUAACCAAAAUCAAAACCAUGGUAGUAACUACAGAUUUAGGAAACACCAAUACGAUGAAAUUUUUAUGUAGUUAUGGUGGUAAGAUUGUUCCUCGUAAUACUGAUGGUAAACUUCGUUACGUUGGUGGUGAUACUAGGGUUCUUGCCCUUGAUCGCUCCCUUUCUUUCUCAGAGGUAAUGAUAAAGCUUGGAGAAUUAUGUGGAUCAAUACCAGUGAAAUUGCGCUGUCAAUUACCAAAUGAGGAUUUAGAUGCAUUGGUUUCAAUAAAAUCCGACGAAGAUCUUGUCAAUGUUAUCGAAGAAUAUGAUCGAGCUAGUAAAGCUACAUCAAACACUCUAAAAAUCAGAUCGUUUCUGUCACCAUCAUCAUCGUCAAAAUCAGUGAAAAGAAUUUCACCUCUACAAUCGUCAGAUACUUCCUCAAUCGGUGAUGAUGGAUCAUUUUCAGCCAUUGGAUCAUCGUCACCCCCUCUAACAGGCAAGACAGUAGCUCGUCAUCAUUGUUGUGUUCAACAGAUCUCAGAACCACCAGUUCCAUAUCCAACCGUUCAUUAUUAUUACCAGAAUCCUUCGAAUCAUCAGAUAGUUUAUUAUGUUGCUCAUCAUCAAGGAAACAACACUAGUAGUAAUAAUAAUCGGGUGCAGUAUUAACAGUAGUAGUUUUGUUAAAUUAGCCCGAAGAAUACAGUUCGUAUAUAAAUAAGUUAACCGAAAAAAAAUAUGAAGAAGAAGAAGAAAGGCGAAAUCACUAAAUAGAAAGAAAGAUGUUUGUUUCAUUUUUUUUUGGUAAUGUAUGUUUUUACUGUAUAUCAUGGAUUGAAAGAGUGAUUUCUCUCGUCCUCAUCAUCCUCCUCCUAGCUUAUUCCAAUUUCCGAAACCCUAAUUUUUUUUAAUUAUGGGAAUGAA